AUGGCGUCAGGGCAGGAAGCAGCCCUCCGGAAGCAGCAAGGUAUUUGGAGACCUGAUACAUCGCAAACACCUACUAAGAGUAUACAAGACUUGCAAUCGCAGUACACCAACUACAAAAACACCCUUCAGUCGCUUGCGCAGAAGGUAGGCGAAAUUGAACAAGAGAUUGAGGAACACAAGUCAGUCACAUCCAUCUUAGCACAAGUCUUGUUUGGGGCGAAUAUUUCCCAAAGGGGCGAUGCAAGAUACUGA